CAGCGUGCGUGAGCGCGCGCGGGUCACUGAUGUGAUCUUUGAACCUUGGAUUUUAGCUGCACACCGGAACCAGAGUGUGGGACCCUAACGGAACCGGAUUGUGCACCUGCCAGGCAGCCAGCCCGCCCCCAGAACCGCAGGUUCGGGCUCAGACCAAAGCCGGACUUCAGCCUCGGAACAUGCUCCGUCUGCAGCUGCUGCUCCCGUGCGCGCUGGCCCUCGCGGCGCAGAGCGCGCGGGCGGGGGUCCGGGACGGACCCGACUUUCUGGAAAACAUUCUCCGCUUUUUCGGACAAAAUGACUCCAUCAGCACGGAGAACCUGGAGAAUCUGCUGCUGCUGGUUUCAGCCAGAAGAUCCGAGGGGAUCUCUGAGGAGAACCCGCUGGAGGACCAGGAGUGUCCCUCUGCACAGCAGAUCCUGUCCCACUUCAACUUCACCAAUGUCACGGAGCUGACUGUGGAACAUCUGGGGCGGAUCUGCCCCGCCGUGUUGACCCAGGUGCUGCUGCCCUCCUGCCCCUACACCGCCCCCCCACCCCUCCCGCCUCUGGACUACUCUGUGUGGGGGUACGGUUUCCUGGCCGUCACUGUCAUCAACCUGGCGUCCCUGCUGGGGCUCUUACUGAUCCCCUUCACAAAGAAGUCCUACUUCCCCAAAGUGCUGAGCUACUUUAUCGGGCUGGCCAUCGGGACGCUCUUCUCCAACGCCGUGCUGCAGCUCAUUCCAGAGGCACUGGGCUUUGACCCUAAAGCUGACAGCUACGUGGCGAACGCCGUGGCAAUUUUUGGAGGAUUCUACCUCCUUUUUUUCGUCGAGAAGAUCCUGAAGAUGUCUCUGGGCUUGGACGGCGAGCACGGACACAGUCACUCCCCCCCUGUAGACCCCCCCACGGAGGGCUACCUGCAGAAUGGCGGCGUCCCGGAGAAAAAGGACUCAGUGGCGCUGACCCGGAUCGCCACGGACAGAAGCAACCCGGAACCCCCGCAGACUCCCACCCAGGAGGUGCAGGUAUCCGGGACAACGUGUCACUGGCUGCGGGGGCAGCGCAUCACCAACAUCAAGACAGUGGCCUGGAUGAUCACACUGGGCGACGCUCUGCACAACUUCAUUGACGGUCUGGCCAUCGGCGCCUCCUUCACCGUGUCCGUGCUGACGGGAUUCAGCACGUCCACUGCGAUCUUCUGUGAGGAGUUUCCUCAUGAGCUCGGUGACUUUGUGAUCCUGCUGAACUCGGGCAUGAGUGUCCCACAGGCCGUGUUCUUUAACCUGCUGUCAGCCAUGUCCUGCUACAUCGGCCUCGUGUUCGGCAUCCUGCUCGGAAGCAGCUUCGCCCCCAACCCCAUCUUUGCCAUUGCAGGAGGGAUGUUUCUGUACAUCGCGCUGGCAGACAUGUUCCCAGAGAUGGACAGCAUAGCGAGGGGGCAGCAGCAGACCUCCAGCAAGAUCAUCUUCUUUCUGAUCCAGAACGCCGGCCUGCUCAGCGGCUUCGCCAUCAUCCUACUCAUCACGCUGUUUGCAGGCGACAUCAACCUGGGCUGAGGAGGCAGAUUUCACGGAGCGGCUGCACCUCCUGCAGCAAGAAACUCUAAAAAGGGAAGACUUUAUGCUUUUAUACCUUUGGACUCAAAAUCUAGUGAAAUGUUUACAAACGGAGAAGCUUCAUGAUUGUUCAUUUAAUCAAUUUAUGUUAAGGAAACAAUAAAUUAUUUUUACAGUC